CAUGCUGCGAACUUACUGGAUUACCAUCACCGCUGUCUGUGUGGGACUGGCAGUUGUCUCAGGUGAAAAGAUCAUUGAUGGGACAGAAGCUGAAGCCCACAGUCGACCUUAUAUGGCCUUCUUGAAGAUCAAAAGUGGUAAAAACGAAUCCUGGUGUGGCGGUUUCCUCAUUCUCCCAAACUUCAUCCUGACUGCAGCUCACUGCCAAGGAGAGAGUAUCACUGUUCAACUGGGGGUUCAUAAUCGCUCAAAGAAAGAGAAGUCCAAGCAGAAUAUCCCAGCCGUGAAAAUCAUUCCUCAUGAAUGUUUUAACAAUAAAACCCUAGUGAAUGACAUAAUGCUUCUGAAGCUGAAGCACAAGGCCAAGAUCACACAUAAAGUGAGCACCAUCAGCAUUCCACUGGCAAAUGAGUCCAUCAAGUCUUAUGAAUGCUCUGUGGCAGGAUGGGGACUCACUAAAACCAACGGGACAAGCAGCAAUGUGUUGAGAGAAGCCAGGGUCAAGGUACAGCUCCAGUCUGCUUCUCACAUCUUUGCAAGAGGCCCAGGAAUAAAAGGGUUCUGUAAUGGAGAUUCAGGAGGACCACUGGUUUGCCCAGGCUCUUCAGAUAAGCCUACAGCUGUGGGGAUUGUGUCUUAUGCCCCAGAAAGAUGUGAAGGCCCAGGAAGUAAUGCCUACACCAUGGUGUCUGCAUACCGAGACUGGAUUGAAAUGAAAAUCAGUGCUAGCUCUUCUGCUUGAUGUCUCUUCCAGAGCUGGGAAGAGCCAGUAACGCAGCUGAGAUCCUGAGCUCUGAACUUGUAUCACACUCACACCAUUGCCAAGUCUAUUCACAAAGAGAGAGUAAAGAACGCAAACACCCCAGCACAUGUCACUGUUUAUCUGCUUCAAUAAAGUCUGCAGUGCAAGGCA